ACCGCGACGCGCAUGCUGGCACCACGGAAGAAGCUGCAUUCGACGCCGCUGGGAGUGAUCCAGCAAGCAUUUGCGCUGGCGCAGGUGAACUCCAGCGAUGUCGUGUGUGAUGUGGGAUGCGGCGAUGGUCGUGUGCUGCUGUAUGCUGCCAGCACGUUGCACGUCGCCCGGUGUGUAGGCAUGGAGAUCGACCCCGAUCGGGUCCGUCAAAUCGAAGCCGAGGCGAAGCGCCUCCGGGUUGACGGCAUCGUGACGAUUCGAUGCGGCAAUGCGCUCGAGAUGGAAGUGGACGACGACGUGACCGUGAUCUUCCUCUUCCUCAUCGAGCGCGGGUUGCGCCACGUGUUUCGGCAGUUGCUCGAGUCCACGUCUCCCGUCCGCCACAAGGAGCUGCGCAUCCUCACCCACUUCUGCCAUAUGGACGACGACGCAGGCGGCACGCGCGCCGACGCUGCGUUCCCCAUCUACUUCUACAAGCUGCCUCCGCUCGUUCCGUCGUCGUCAAAGUUCACUUAGACUAAUUUCGGAAGCGACUCGGUCGCCUUCAACUUGAACGACGCGUGAUCGUCGCUUUGCUUCGUCGCCA